CACCCACAUGAUAAAGAGCCCUGAUGGACUGACUAACACAUGAGUGUGAAGCGCAUAUUCAGGAAGCAGCCGUCAUAGUCAUGGACACUGGAGGAUCAAAGAAUUUAAAAGUUGACCCAGAGAGGCUGUUCACCAAGCUAGAGAGGAUUGGGAAGGGAUCGUUUGGAGAGGUCUUUAAAGGCAUUGACAAUCGCACACAACGGAAAGUCGCUAUAAAGAUUAUUGACCUGGAGGAGGCUGAAGAUGAAGUGGAAGACAUCCAACAGGAGAUCACAGUCCUCAGCCAGUGCGACAGCCCCUUCAUCACUAAAUACUAUGGAUCUUAUCUGAAGGACACAAAACUAUGGAUCAUCAUGGAAUAUUUAGGAGGGGGUUCUGCUCUGGAUUUGCUGGGACCUGGAGCUCUUGAUGAGUCCCAUAUUGCCACCAUCCUCAGAGAGAUCCUGAAGGGUCUGGAUUACCUGCACUCUGAAAAGAAAAUUCACAGAGAUAUUAAAGCUGCUAAUGUCCUGUUGUCAGAGCAGGGUGAUGUGAAGCUAGCUGAUUUUGGUGUGGCUGGGCAGCUCACAGACACACAGAUCAAGAGAAACACGUUUGUGGGCACUCCUUUCUGGAUGGCACCAGAGGUCAUUAAACAGGCAGAGUAUGACUCAAAGGCAGAUAUCUGGUCAUUAGGCAUAACUGCAAUCGAGCUAGCAAAAGGAGAGCCACCCCACUCAGAUCUUCACCCCAUGAAGGUGUUAUUUCUCAUCCCUAAGGAAAACUCACCCACACUGGAGGGAAACCACAACAAAGCUCUCAAAGAAUUCGUAGAUGCCUGUCUCAAUAAAGACCCCAACUUUAGGCCAACAGCUAAAGAGCUUUUGAAACACAAAUUUAUCGUGCGAUAUGCCAAGAAGACAUCAUUCCUGAUGGAUCUUAUCGACAAGUACAAGAGAUGGAAAGAAAAACAGGUCCGCGAUGAGUCCAGCUCUGAUUCUGAAUCAGAUGAUGGUGAAGCAUCUGGAGAGUCUGUGGCUGAUGACUGGAUCUUUGGCACUGUCAUAGGACAUAAGCCCACUGUGAAACAGAAUGGAGUCAUUAAAAAAGAAGAAGAACUACGCAGAGAGGUUCCAGACAGUAAAAAGGAGCCUUCACCCAAGAGCACAGAGUCUAAGUCCUCUAUUAUUUUACCAUUGAUUGCAGAGCUGAAGCAGAAGCAAGGUGUUUAUAAGCCGGCGGUGUUAGAGGAGCUGAAGCAGGCCAUGCUCCUGGCUGAAGAGGCAUGUCCCGGGAUCACAGACUCGAUGGUGACGGGGGUGGUUCACAGAUUAAAGAGGUAUUUACAGCACCUGGCCUGCGUUGCUGAAUACGUUAGUUGGUGAGAGUCUGAUGUUUUCUGCCUCACAGGUUUUCAUCUCAACACUGACUGACUCCCUAAUCAAACACACCUGAAACUCCAGGACCUGAAAUGGGUGUCAGAUAAGGUAGACAUAUAAAAUGUGCAGUGAUGGGGGGGGGGUGUUAAGAAACACUGCUCUACAUGAAGACUCUUUUCUGUUGUUUUCCCCAGUUACUUGCUGUCUGUACAUAAGUGUAGAACUUAUCCUCAAUAAUAUCCUCAAUAAUUCCUGUAAGAAAAUUACAUUUUAGUUACAGCCUAUAAAUACCUCAAAGCUAUGAACUAAAAUCUGCACAUUUGAUUUUAAGGGGUCUGUGUAUUUUAGCUUUUUGUUCUACAUAACUAAUCUGUGCAAUAAUCCUUUUGCUAGUAAUAGUUUGAAAAAAUCUAUAAUAUUAAAAUCACAUAGCACUUUAUUGCCCUUUAAAACAGUUGUAAUUCUUUAAAAAUUGUAUUUCUUUUUCCUACCCAUACGAGGCUUAUUUCUAUUUCUGUGGCUAGCCUUAGCUUAGAGGGUUUUUUUUUUUUUUCAAUAUUCAUUUUCCGUGUUUUUUUUUCUGCAUAUCAUUGUUUUAUCACAAUGUCAACAUGCUCAUGUACAUUCCUUAGGACCAUAAAAAUGAAGACCAUGGCUCUUUCUAAAUCUGUUCCCAGUAGGAACAUUUAACUUAAAAAAAAAAUAAAAAAUUCAAGAGUUUUUAAUAUAUAUUUAUAACUUAAAUGGCUAUCUUAAAUGGCAAUAAACUUAAUCUUUAAAUGAUCUUAUUCGGAGUAAAAUCCAUGAUACAGUUAAUUUAGCUGUAAACCAUUUUUAUUGUCCUUCCUCUAUCUGAUGUUUAGUUAGAGGACGCCUGGUUGCAUCUAGAUGAUAACAGCAUUUUAAUGCGUUACAUAACAGAAGAGCCUAUGGGAUUAUAGGACUAUAAAUCUGUGCCAAAGUUCAAUUCAGACUAAUGUACAACUCUGAGAGAUCACCGCUCCUGCUGCUCAAACCCGACUGGUCCAGAAGCCAAAUGAAUGAGUAACCGUCGAACCAAUCCAAACGACCGUAACAACCCAACAAAUUCACACAAUUUUAAUUCUUACAUCCAAAAACAAGAUCAAAAUUUGUCACUCUAUAUACAGAUAUUACAUACAAUGUUUAUACACAUAUUACAUAAUUUUUUACACGAGAAAAAUAUACAUAAAAAUGUAAACCUUUGUAUACAAAAAAAUACCUUAGACAAAUUAAAGACCAAUAACAAAAGGUGA